GAUCUGCUUCUGCUGCAAGCAUAGAGGAAUGGAUCAUCAUUGAUUCAAUUCAAAAUUGAAAGCAGUUCCACUGGGCGAAUCGCAAUGAUCCGAAGUACACGACCACGCAGGGCAAAAGAUCAAUAUUUUAGUGACGAGUUCACAACUGUUGUGAAUGUCAAAGCGAAAGGCAAAGUUACAUGCGAUGUAUCUUCAGGCAAGAACGGACGACGGCGACGUUUUUUGUGUGGGUGUUAACAAGCAUUAGUUCUUCUCCAAGCUAUAUACUGUUAUUGCGGUAUAAUUGCCAACCUCAUCUCUUUCAUCAAGCUGAAUAUUUAAGAAUAUACUCGUUCAAGGAGUACGAUCAAAAUGGGCCUCUAUUCCAGCGACAGCGACAGUUCCUCCACAGGUUCUGACAGAAAACAAGCACCUAGCUCCGGAACAGCUAGGGGCAGAUCCAUCAUGGAAAAGCUAGCGGCUGCGAGAAUGGCAAGCCGCGUAGAAGAUCCUGGCAAUACCGCCGCGGGAAUGGAUGAAUCCUCGGACGACGAUGCAGAACGAUCAAACCCACGAAGAUCCGGAUCGAAACCACCGGCGUUGGUUGCGGCCACAAGCAGAAGGUCCACCACCUCUUCCGAAAUCUUGGAAGGCGUUGUCGAAAGCGAGCAAAAUAACGCGGACGUAGGUGCACCAGGGGCAAAGAAGAAGAAAAAGAAGAACGCGCCGAUCGAGAUCACCUCGAACAAGCGACAAGCGAAAGUGGCAAGCGUGAUGAAAGGUGGUGCAGAAAAGGCUGGAAAUACGACAAGCCUUUGCUCCAAGCGGCCAAAAGCGAUGGACCCGCGUUUUCUGGACCACUGCGGGACGCUGAACAUGCAGCACGUGAGUCGCAACUACUCGUUUCUGGAGGAGAGGAGACAGGAGGAGAUGCAGGAACUGAAACAAGAGAUCAGCAACUGCAGUGGAAAAAGAACUAAAGGAGCAAAAACUUUCUCCAAAAAAGCACAGAAGAUGUUCACGAGUGAGAGGCAACUAGAGCAGAAAAGGAAGCAGCUGCAGCAAUUCCAAAACGACGAGAAGAAGCGGCAAGAUUUGACGGAAUUCGAGCAGAAGAAACGGGAAUUGAAGCAAAAAGAAAAGGAGAAAAUUAUGUCUGGGAAAAACACUGCGAAGCCGUACUUCCACAGCGACAAGUCCGUCCGGAAACAGAUCCGGCAACAGAAAUUGGAUAAACUCGGGGAGAAGGAGAGAGAGCGGCGGAAUGCGAAGGUUGAAAAGAGAAAAGCAGCGGCUUCUAAGAAGGUCUUGGCUGAGAAAGAGGUGCGGAAAGAAAGGAGGAAGCUAUAAUAAGAGGGAGGGUUCUAGAUUUCGUAGUGCCAGGAGCUGCUUUCUUGCCGAGCAUGAACACGAACAAACGAAAAGCUGUUUUUGUUUUAGUUUACUUCAAAUGCAAAAAAGAUGUAUCUCUAUUUACUUAUUUUCCCUGUUGCUACAAAUACAAAAGCAAAACAACCUCCUCUAUUCUUGAUUGCAC